GUGAAUACAGCUUCAAGAGAAUUAGUUGCUGAGUAUAGAAUGAAGAGAAUUUUCUCGACCUAUAGCUGUACUGUAGUGUAAGUGUACUGCACCGGUGUACAAGUUACCGAAGAUAAACACGUGAUCUCAGAAAAGUUUCCGAAACUCCGCAAAGCAGUCUCAAGAUUGCGAAAAUGCGGGAGAGCAGAAUGAGUCUGAAUAUUUGCACAAAUAACAAUGUGGUCAUUGACCACGGAACAUACAAUACAAAGGCUGGGUUUUCAACACAAGAUUCACCCUCUACUAUCCUGCCUACAAUCAUUGGACAUGGAAGACAUAAGGGCGCUAUGCAAUCUCUAGGCCUGAAGGAAACAUAUGUAGGAUCUCAAGCACAGGCACUCAGAGGGAUCCUUGCUAUCUCUCAACCAAUAAAGCAGGGUGUUGUACAAAACUGGGACGAUUUAGAGGCAAUCUGGGAGCAUAUUUGGUCCAGAGAACUUCAAGCCGUUCCUUCAGAUAUACCAGCCUUACUCACACAUCCUCCAUCCUCUACAGGUGAAUGGAACAAGAUGUAUUGUAUAUUUGUAUUGUAG